AUGUGUGAAAAUUUAUUUGUCAGAAAAAUCCACUUAAAUAUUACCAAAUGCAUCUCCGACGACAUCAAAAUAAAUUAUAUGACUGUAGGAAAUUACUCCAUCGUCAAUCCCAACGAAGCUCUCCAUCUUCCUGCUUCCCACAAAAUCUAUGUUACUGUGACGUCGCCUAAAGGGCACAGUCAGCAUCAUGCAGAAAAUGUGGAGUCUGGAAAAUUCGUGUUUACGGCGAUGGAAAGCGGCGAUUACACAACGUGUUUUGUGUCUCCCGGUUUUAGACCUCCGGCCAAGUUCGCAGUUGAUUUCGAGUGGAAAAGUGGCGUGGAGGCUAAAGAUUGGACCACCAUCGCCAAGAGAGGCCAGAUCAACAUGCUGGAGGUGGAGGUGAGGAAACUACUAGACGUGACGGAAUCUAUACACGACGAAAUGUUUGAACUCCGGGAGAGGGAACGGGAAAUGCAGGAGCUAAAUCGAUCGACAAACUCAAGAAUGGCGGCUCUAAGUUUACUGUCAUUCGUGUUUACGCUGUCGGUCGCUGGUCUACAACUAUGGCAUCUCAAGUCAUUCUUGGAAAGGAAGAAGCUUCUCUAAUCAGACAAGUUGUUUAUCUUACUUUUAUCAGAUUUUUGUGUUCUCGGUUUUAGUUUCUUUUUAGUAAAAAAUCACUUUCUUUAUCUUGGAUUUUGAGAACUUUUUUUAGUCAAAGGAUUUUGAGAAUUAAACAUUACACAUUCUGGUUAUCCCAAAGUCGUACUGAUUAAAAGUCUUG